ACAGCCUAGGGGAUCUCAACUCAACUCCUCCGUUUCAGCUGAGACCUACAGUACCGCCUAAAACCUCAAUUUACUAAAUAGCCCAGUAGUACGACGCUAAUGCUUCACCAACGCUGCUGUCCUCGCGCGAGCAGGCUUUGAACUUAGCUUGCUUUCUCGCAUGCCCAUAGCUUACCGUCCCUUACCGUCUCUUUUGCGGUAGUCAUUCCGUCGUUACGGUCGUUACCGUCUGUUUUGCGAUAGCAUGUAGCCGUUGAUCUCCAAGAAAAGUGCGCUUACGUCUCUAGGCAUUUCGGAAUGGUCCUAGUCUCGCCAAUAUCUGGGAUUCGGUAAAUAUAGAGCUCGAUCUUAGACUCUUCGAAGAACUCGAAGUUCUGCUGAGAGCGUCACGAUUUUAGCGGCCUGAGAGAGCGUUUACAAAUGGACGACGAGUCGUACUUCCCGCUAGGCACUCCGCCCAUCCGGAGGGUUCCCCCGGCCACGCUCUCUGGCGGGCGAUCUGCGGUCGCUCCGCGCAAGCGCCGGCGCAUCCUCGACCCUGCGCAUGUCGACGUCGUCGCCUCCCCCGGCGCAAGCCCGGAGCGGCCUCUCGAGUCUACCCGAAACUUUGCCGGCGCUUUAGUAAACAGCGCGCCCAGUGAUUUGCGCGGGAAGGGGUUACUGUUUAAGGAGCAGGCCGGCCCGACUUCGUUGUCUGGCCGGCGUGUUUUGUUUCCGGGUGGGAAUCCCGAAGGGGUUGCGGGGGGAAACGACGGGGGCGAAGUGGGCAAGAUAGGGGAGGGCACGAGGGGAAGCGCGGGGAAGGGCGCAUCGGGGGAAGCUGUUGAGGGAGGAAUGGGGGAGAAAUCGGCCGGGAGUGGCGCAACGGCGGGACUGGAGGUAUAUCGGCGUCUGGCGUUUGGAGAGGAGAGAGCGGGUGGGGUCGAGGGCGGAAAGGUGUCGCUUGAGACGAGUCGGGAGGCGUUUCAAGCUGACGGGAAGGAGGGGCGAGGGAGUGAGCGGGUGAGAGACAUUGGGGAGGGCAAGAGGGAGGAGAUUGGUCAGCAGGAGGAGGAAGAAGAAGACGAGGAGGAGGAGGAUUUGGAAAUUGAGAUAGUGUUUGAGGAGGGAUGUGAGGGGGAGAAACAGACAGAGGGGGGUGGCGAGGAAUGCGUGAAGGGAGUAGGAGAGGAGAAUGGGGGAGAGAUUGAUCAAGAUAAGGGAGGUAAGGCGACGAAAGAAGAGCUCAAGGUCUCUGAAGCAGUUAUGCCUGCCGUUAUGCCUGCCGUUAUGCCUGCUACCAGUGGUGUUAUUGGAAGUGCCACUGUAGCAGACAGAGCUGUGGCUCGUUUCUCGUCGUCUAAUAACGCGGACGGGGAUGACCUUUUCCGCUGGAACCGCAUUCACAGGGGAAGCGCCGGGCCCGGCGGCCGCGGAAGCGGAGCCAGUGGGCCCAAGACACGUGGCGAGGUUCUGGCAGCCAUGGUGGGCGUCCAGGUGCCACGUCAGCAAGGGGUACGAAACCUGGCUCCGGAGCUGAAAGGGCCGGAAACGGUCAUAGCAGCAACAGGGGGGGUGAAAGGCGGAGCGACUGGCGUGCCCCCGGUGCAGUCACCUUCGAAAAGAACAGCAGGAGGAGGGAUAGGAGGACGAACAGCCGUAAAAGCCGCGAGCUCGUCUGCAGUGGUUCUAGCAGUGAAGAAGGAAGUCGAAGCGCUGCCUCCCCAGUUCCUGGAAAUUGCGCAGCUGUUCGACGCGCUGGAGCUGAGCUGCCGCCUGCUGCGCGCGAGGAAGCUUCUGUGCUCCUUCCAGGCGAUUAAAGACGCGGUGCAGGACGUGACUAAGAGGCGCUUCACUAGGAGGCACCUGGCGCAGAUGCUGUUCGGACGGGGAGGGGCGGCUGUACUGAGUCGAGGAGAGGAAGGGGGGAUUGAAGGACAAGAUGGGAAGCAGGGCUCAAUUGGUCCUGCUGCACUUAGUACAGCAGCACUUAGCAGAGCUUCCGCCCGCCAGGCUGUCAGUGGCGUGCCGUUACUUAGAGUGGAAUCGGUUCUGCUGCCCGAAAAAAACUCCUCCCCUGUCAAGUUCUCAGGGGCGGCAGGCAGGGCGGCAAGGUUUGGACGUAGUGUGUGGGACUUGAAGAUAGUGCUAGAGGGUGGAGAGGAGGAGACGGGGAGUGAUGGUGAUGAGGGGGGGGAAGGGGGGAGGGACAGCAAAACGCACUUGGAGGGUGCUGCUGCUGUUGCGGUUGCGGGUGCUGCUGCUGUGCUCAGUGCUGCGGCUGCCUCUGGCUUUCCGAGAGGAAGUGCUAUUGGGCGGGCUGGGAGCGUGGCAGGGGGAAGGGUGAGGAGUGAGGAGAGUGGUAUGAUGUGGAGGAAGAGGGAGUUCAGGGCGAGGCUGCGGAGACUGGCACACGCAAUGGGGGUUUCAGAAGGAGGUGAUAGGGGUGUGGCUAUAGAAAAUGUGACUAUACCGGAGGAGACUUUACCAGACCCCCUCUCGCCCUCCCCUGCACCCUCCAAAGAGGCUCGUGCAUCACUCGACGCUCAGUAUAGUCACACUCAAUCAGGUCACGCUGAGACUACCCACAAUCACUCUAGUCACCCUCGCAGCCGCAGGAGCCUAUUCCCUGAUGCUUCUGCAUCCACCACCACUACCUUUGCCGGAGCUGGUCUUGGUUCGGCGCCAACUGCUGCACCUCUUACCAGGCCUGUUCUGCAGGCUCGGUCCACCUCACCUCGCCAUCGCCAUCGUCCUGCUUCGGCGGACAGGUUCGGCAGGUAUGCAAACCCGGACCUGGGUGCUCGAGUGAGAGUGGACCUCACUCCCUCGUUAGAUCGGUUGGCUCGCCGAACCAACGUGGGAGGCUCGGCGGGAGCAUCAGAGGCUAGGUCAGAGCAAGUUCGAGCGGGGCGGCAGCUGCUGUUUGGAAUAUCGGAGGAUGGUGGGGUGGGUGCCGGUGCUGUUACUGCUGGCGGUGUUGGUGGUACUGCUGGUGCUAAUGCUGUUACUGCUGCUACGGCUGCUGGUGCUGGUGCUGCAUUAGGAAAGGAGGGGGUUGAGGAGGAGGGGGAGGAGGAGGUAUGGGGAGGGGAUGUGGUGGGAGAGCUGGGGUCAAUGCAGCAGCAGGGGAAGAGGGUUGGGGGGGAGCAAGGAGAAGGAGGGGAGAAGGGGGAAGACAGUGAGGGCGAGGGGGGGAGUGACUCGGAAAUCUUGUCUCGCCUGCCGAAAGGACUCGUGCACUCGGUUCGUAAGCGUGAGGAGGAGCAGCGUGCCGAGGCUACCGAGGAGGCUCGGCAGGCGCGGCGACGACGGCUGCUCCUGGCGGAGCUGCCUCUUCUAGCAGACAUGGUAGUGGCUCUCUUUGCCAGCUGUCGCGCUGCUGUGCUGCCACAUAGGGACCUCGUGGUUCGGCUUGUGGCCAAUCACAGCAAGCAGACGAACCAAGAGGAGAUUGAGGAGCAAUUGAAGCUUCUAGAGGAAAUUGCUCCAGAUUGGCUAUGUGCUAAGCUGUCCCUAAGAGGGGAGAAACUGUACAGGUUGUCUAAGGUGGUGAUGGCCAUGCAUGUGAAGGCUCGAGUGAAGGAUGAACAAAAGCUCUAUCAGGAGCAGCAUCAGCGUGCACCGUCACAGCAUUCUGUGCAUGCUGCAUCAGGGGUUCGGAGGAGCUUGUUUGGUUAGGUUAGGGCGCGUCUCCAGCAGCAAGCGUGUCAUGGAAGUAUCGUAUCAAAUCCACGCAGCUACCCAUGGAAGAGGAUCCCGUGACACGGUAAUGCGUGUGUCGGUCAGAGACGUGCUCUUAGAGAACCGGGUAGAUAUGGCUGUAAGAGGGGUUGGAUAUGAUAGGCACUCUCGAUACAUUAGUUUCGUAUAUCUACACAAUUAUUGCUACUGUAUGAUGCAAAAAUGCAUGGACUCGUCGACGUACCUUUUGUGGAUGUGGGUUAAAUA